UUACACCUAACCAUCAUGUCGACUGUGCUCAUCGUCGGCGGCACGCGUGGACUCGGCGCGUCGCUGGCGUCUGCCUAUGCCGCCGCGGGCUCUACUGUCUACGCCACGUGUCGCUCCCCCUCCCCGCCUUCCUCUCCGUCCCACGACAACAUCCUCUGGGUGCCCGCCAUCGACAUCGCCACCGAAUCCGCGGGCGUUGCGCUUGCAGCAGCGCUCCCGCCACAUGCGGUGCUCGACACCGUCAUCAUAACCGCUGGAUACUUUACCCGGGAGUCGUUUGAAGAGCCGCGGUGGGACGAGGAGGUGAAGAUGUACACCACGUGUGCGGUCGGCCCGCUAUUCGUCGUGCAGGCCCUCAUUACCGCGGGGAAAGUGAAGACACACAUCAAGGGCGGGGUGCCGAACGACGCGGGCAAGGUCGUGCUGGUGAGCUCGGAGGCCGGGUCGAUUGGGCUGCGACACGCGAAAGAGGGUGGCGGGAACUACGCGCACCACGCGAGCAAGACAGCGCUGAAUAUGGUGGGCAAGCUGCUCAGCCUCGACCUGCUGGGGAUGGGCGUAGCCGUUGCCAUCGUCCAUCCGGGCUUUAUGCGCACGGAAAUGACGAAGAACGUGGGGUACGAUGAGUUCUGGGACUCUGGCGGUGCUGUAACCCCAGACGAAGCCGCAGCCUCCCUCAUCCCCUUCAUCGACGCAUUCUCUCUCGAAAAGACAGGCCAGUUCUGGGCACCCCGAGGCUCACGCGAUAUCGGCACCGCCGAAGCCACGAUGGGCAAGGACCUACCGACACCACUGCCGCUUCCAUGGUAA